AAUAACUUUACUGUUGCGGUUGUUUUGCGAUGGUUGCAAUAAAGUCUAUACCCACAGACAUAGAAUUUCAGGAGUUGUGGUUAUACAGUUUGGCGUAUGUUAGAAUGCAUUGUUUGUAACAUUAGCUCACUAAUGUUUACCAUAUCCUAAUUCAUAUAAUAUGCUUGUUUUAACAGAAGGCUAUCCAGAAAUGUUUCCCAUAUUUUUUGAGUCGUUUACCUCUAAUUACAUCACAUCCUGCUUAACCGGGGUUUGUACCCUUGUUUUGUUCGUGUAUUACUACUGGUGGAAAUUGCCCCACCCACGGUACCCACCUGGGGUGAGGGGAAUACCCGUGUUGGGGGCUUUACCCUUUCUCGGUAAAUUUGCGCACAAAGACAUCAUGCGGUGGUCACGUGAGAAGUAUGGACCUAUAAUGUCUGUGAGGUUCGGGCAAAAGGAUUCGGUUGUUUUGAACGAUUAUGAAUCUAUUUACGAGGCUAUGGUCAAACAAGGUCCAGCAUUUCGGUCACGUCCAACCAUGAAACUGAUUACCUCUUACUCGAAUGGCUACGGGUUUGGUUUUGCUGAGGGACACACCAAAUACAUGGAACUCCGACAUUUUACAUUCAAGAUAUUACGUGGGUUUGGAAUUGGUGGUCGAUAUUUGGAGGACCGCAUCUCAGAUCUUGCGCAAGAACUUGUUCAAGAUUUUAAAAAAUUAGAUGGAAAAGCAACUGACGUGAGGAUGAUAGUUGCAACCACCAUUGGAAAUGUUAUCGCGAGUAUUGUUCUUGGAAAGAAAUAUCAUCCAAAAGAUAAAGAUUUCCAACGUCAUCUCCAGCUAAUACUUAACAAUUUUGGAAACGAAGAAACUGCAAGCUAUAUUCUAUGUAUGAUGUAUUUUCCAUCAUUGCGUCAUAUUCCACCAUUCAAGAACGCCUGGAAGACGUUUAUGGAUGAGCAUUUUGAACAACUGGGUUUUUGCCGGAAAGAGAUUGAAGAACACAAGAAUAACCUUAAUGUGAAUGAUCCCAAAGAUUUUGUCGAUGCUUUCCUUGUUGAAAUGAAGAAACACUCACCUGAAGGUUCAUGGUUCCAUGAAGAAUCUCUCAUUCUUUGUGUGAUUGACUUGUUUUUUGGUGGAACCGAAACAAGCACAAGCACAGUAAUGUGGGCGAUGGUUGUCCUUAUCAACUUUCCACAGAUACAAGAGAAACUUCAUAAAGAGAUAGUCAAUGCAACAGGUGAAGCACUUCCAAACUUGGACCACAGGAAUGAACUUCCACUUUUCCAAGCUUUUAUUCAAGAACUUUACCGAUGUAUGACACUUGCACCACUGGGUGUUCAACACCAAACCACAAAGGAUGCGGAUAUUGGCGGAUACUGUAUCCCAAAAGAUACAGUGGUGUUAACAAACAUUCAUGCUGUCCACCACGAUCCCAAAAUCUGGAAGAACCCGAGCGAGUUUAAUAUUUAUCGUCACAUCGACCAAGACGGGAAAUUCAUUCCUUCGAGAAAAAUGAUCCCGUUUGGAAUCGGAUGCAGAUCCUGUCUUGGUGAGAAGUUGGCAAGGAGUGAAGUCUUCCUACUCCUUGCCAACAUCAUCAAAGGGUUCGAUAUCCUUCCUGAUCCAGAGAGCAAGGAGCUUCCCGACUAUAAAGAUGGAAUCAACGGAUUUUUAUAUGUUCCCUAUGACUAUAAACUUGUUGCUAAACCGAGAACCGUUAAUAUAUAAUACUAAGACGUUGAAAACGCUACAUUUGACGUCUGCCAAAACGUCCUAUAUAUACUCACCUAUAUUCCUAUCCCUAUUUUAAUAGCCUCACUUACCCUAUUUAGCAACAUAUGUGGUAUAUUAUUAUCGUGUAAAUACAAAACAUCAUGUAACUUCG